GGGACUUCCUCUUGGCCCGGAUGUGGGCAGGGAGAGCCAGGGACCAAGGGACUUAGCAGUCAAGACAGGAAGCCUCACACCCAGACACCUCAGGAGGACUGUGUGGCAGAGAUUCGGAUCGUUUCCAACUGAGUCCGCCAAGGCACCGCAGGAUGAGGACUCUCUGCCUCCUUCUCCUCCCUGCCCUGGGGUUGCUGGUGUCCAGCAAUUCACUGUGUUCCGUGGACAAAGCCAUCAAUGAAAAGAUCCAGGAGGACACCAGCUCCCUAAUUUUGGCGGCAAUAAAGAACACUCUCCUGGACUGCAGGACUGUCACUUCCAGAGGCGACCUGGCUACCUGCCCUGCAGGCUUCGCUGUCACCGGCUGCACGUGUGGCUCAGCCUGUGGCUCCUGGGACGUGCGCGCCGAGACCACGUGUCACUGCCAGUGCGCCGGCAUGGACUGGACCGGAGCGCGCUGCUGCCGCCUGCAGGCCGCCGCCUGAGCACGUGCGCGAGGCGCGCGGGGCGGGGCGGGG